AGGAAGAAGUUGCCAUCGACAGCUUCUUGUUUCCUGAGUCGGUUUCAGAAGGAAACUGCAAGAGUGGGGCAGAGAACCAGAGCGUCAGGGCAAAACCUCCUCCAUUUGCACAUCCUGGGGAGGAACCGGGCAGCCAGAGAGCUGCGGCCGCCCCAGUCCCGCUCCGCCUUUGAAGUGGUAAAACCGAAGGCGGGGCCUUGGUUCUGGCAGAAGGGACGCUAUGACCCGAGAAUUCCUCUCCCUGCUUUGCCUCGGACUGUGUCUGGGCUAUGAAGAUGAGAAAAAGAAUGAGAAACUGCCCAAGCCCUCCCUCCACGCCUGGCCCAGCUCGGUGGUUGAAGCCCAGAGCAAUGUGACCCUGAAGUGUCAGGCUCCUUUCCAGAAUGUGACAUUCGUGCUGUGCAAGGUGAAUGACUCUGGGUACAACCAGGAACAGAUCUCGACAGAAAACGAAGCUGAAUUCCUCUUCACGGACCUGAAGCUUAAGGAUGCUGGGAGCUACUUUUGUGCCUACAAGACAACGGCCUCCCACGAGUGGUCAGAAAGCAGUGAACACGUGCAGCUGGUGAUCACAGACACCAGAACCAUCUUUGUCACCAUCUUCAGCUGCAUCUCCAUCCUUCUUCUCUUCCUCUCAGUCUUCAUCAUCUACAGAUGCAGCCAGCAUGGUUCGUCGCCUGAAGAAUCCACCAAAAGAAUCAGCCAUUCCAAACUUUCGGAGCAGGAGGCUGCUGAGGCAGAUUUAUCCAGGAUGGAAAGGGUAUCUGUCUCGACCCCCCAAGGAGUGACGUAUGCUGAGCUAAACAUCAAUGCCCUGUCUGAGGCAGCUUCUGACACCACCCACGAGCCCCCAGGAUCUCAUGAAUAUGCGGCAGUGAAAGUGUAGCAAGAAGACAGCCCGGGCCACUAGAGGAGGGGGAAUCGUGCUGGCUAAGGUUAUCAGAAACGUGGAGAUGCGGAUGACUCUGUGUCCCUUGCUCCUCAUCCGUAUCAAUAAAAUUAAAUUUCUCAUCUUAAAAAGGAA